AUGCCUAACCUAUGUUUUGAGCAGAAGCGAGGUAUAUUAGAAGAGUUAGAAAUUAUAGAAGAUGCUAUUUCAGCUAGGCUACGAAGAAACCCGGAGAUCUUCUACAAGUUCAAUGAUACAUUACGCACUCUAGGAGAAUCACAUCUUGAAGUUCCAAAGUCAGACGUAACUUCAAACAGGAUAUACAAGUCAAAGAAGAGCAAGAGGUCACGUAAGCAAAUGAAGGCACAAGAACUAGAAAUUUCGUUAUUCCUAGGAAGAUACAGGAAAUUAUUAAAAUGUUUACAGCAAGAUAGUCUCAACCCUGUUCUAGUUGACCAAUUUAAAGAUGAUGAUCUCACUUUUGAAAAGUUCGAGAAGAUAACGUCAGAAAUUAUAAACAACAGCUCCCAAGAAUCUCAGUCUUUAGAGGAAACUAAAAAGAAGUACCAAAUGUUUUCAAGUUCCAUUGGAAACACCAAGAAUAUACUAUCUUCAUUUGGUCAAAUAAUUGAUGUUCAAAAAUCUUUUGAUAGAAAUGAAUACUUCGGUAUGUAUUUGGAACUUUCGGGACUCUUUUCAAGCUGGCUUAAUAUUAUAAAAAAGGCAGAUUAUACGAUGACUAUGUUUAUUCAUUUACUACAGUCUUUCACCACCUAUGAUUUUUUGUUCAAUCCACUUAUAGAAAGAAACACUAAAGAAUACCGACUUCUAAUAACGAAUGUUGUGAAAUAUUACAAAUCUUUCUUCUCAAAAGCCUAUCCGUUAAUAGACAAGGAGAUUUUAUCCAAAAAGAUACAAGAUGAUUUCACUAAGUAUAUUUCAAUCGGUAUUCCUGUACCUCAAAGCUCAGAAGAAGGAAAAUUGUUCUGUGUUGUUGGGGAUAAAGAGUUUGAUAAUCAAAACGCUCUAAAUGAUUACCUAAAUUCUAAAGCUUAUGCGGACAUCUUGUCAAAAAACAGGAAAAACCUGCUUGGAGAAUUCACAUUCCACUUUUACUCGCAGUUCUUUAGUAAAGAGCUACAAAACACCUUAUCCUUUGUCGAAAGAAAGUUGGCAUUCACGGAUGAAGAACUUCGUGAAGAAAUGGACAAGUUACAAGAGCAGUAUGAAUCUUCGUUAUACGGUCCAGAUGAAAAGGAAGACAAGCCCGCUUAUCAAGAAGCAGACGAUGAAAAAAAACAGACUAAAGAAGUAGAUCCUUCGAACCCAUUUUCUUUGCCUCUUGGACCUGAUGGUUUCCCUAUACCCCGUUGGCUAUACAAAGUUCAAGGAUUAGAUGUCAAAUACACAUGUGAGAUUUGCGGAAACCAAAUCUAUCACGGUAGGAGAGAAUUCGAAAAGCACUUCCAGCAAAAAAAACAUACAGAGGGUUUAAGAUCGCUAGGAAUUACACCCUCCCCUGCAUUCAAGGAUAUCUCGACUAUAUCCGAAGCCAAAACCCUAUGGGAAAGUAUGAACUCGAAGAACUCAUCUAACAAGAUAUCUGCGACACCAGGACUAUCUGCAACUGCUAUGGCCUUGGAAGAGGAAGAUAGCGAGGGCAAUGUUAUGAGUUCUCAAGUAUACGAGGAAUUGAAGAAACAAGGGCUUUUGUAA